GUGGAGCUCUUUUGGUGUGUAUCUCUUUUAUGGAAGUUUGCUUUAUUCGACUUUUGAUGGAGGCCAAAUGGGAUUUCCCGUGUCUGUAAUUAAUUACAUGAUGAAUCUCAAGUUUUUUUUUUUUUAAUUUCGAGUUUUAGUGUAAUUUUGCGUGUCCUUUUCAUGCAUUAAAUUAAAUGACUGCGAAAGAAACUUUCCUAGAUUUUAGCUCACUAGCUUGGGACCUCGUCUUUCAUUUUAUGAAUCUGAUUUUUCUUUAUCUGAAAACAAAAUAAGUCUGUUAGUUUUGAUUCUUCCUUUUACUAUCUAGCAUUUAUCCUCAUAAAGAAGAUAGGGAUCUUGCUUUUUUGUUACACUUUAGUUUCUUGUGUUUUUCUUUUUUCCUCUUUCAGUUGACCUGCUUCUUAAUAUGAACAACUUUCCGCCUAAUAAAGUGAUUAAUUUCUUGUUCUUCAAUGAUUGACCAUGUGUUUUUUCACUGAAUUUAACCGAACUUGUUUGAUCAGCUUCUUGUUGAUUGAAUUAGUGAAGAUGCUGGAGAAAAUGGAGGAAAGAUUUGAUCCAGAAGCAGUGAUAGAGGAAUUCGAGACGUUGUCAAGGGAUGCAGGGAGGGUUCAGAGGGAAACACUGCAGAAAAUCUUGGAUGAAAAUGGUGGAACUGAGUAUAUGCAGAGAUGUGGGCUUAAUGGAAGGAGUGAUCCUGAUAGUUUCAAGGCCUGUGUUCCCAUUGUCUCCCACAGUGACUUGGAGCCUUACAUUCAGCGAAUCGCAGACGGGAAUAGCCCCUGCGCCCUCACCGGAAAACCAAUAACCACCAUUUCCUUGAGUUCUGGUACAACUCAAGGGAAGCCUAAGUUUGUGCCUUUCAACGACGAAUUGAUGGAGAGCACGAUGCAGAUAUACAAGACCUCAUUCGCCUAUAGGAAUAGGGAGUAUCCGAUUGGGAAUGGGAAGGCGUUGCAGUUCAUCUAUAGCAGCAAGCAGUUCAAGACGAAAGGCGGCCUAGCUGCUGGAACUGCCACAACCAACGUCUACCGCAAUGCACAGUUCAAGAAAACGAUGAGGGCAAUGCAGACGCCGUGCUGCAGCCCCGAUGAAGUCAUCUUCGGACCAGAUUUCCACCAGUCGUUGUACUGCCAUCUUCUGUGCGGACUGAUUUUCAGAGACGAGGUUCAGGUUGUCUCGUCCACGUUCGCCCACAGCAUUGUCCACGCUUUCCGGACCUUCGAACAAGUCUGGGAAGAGCUCGUCACUGAUAUCCGUGAAGGGACCUUGAGCAGCCGGAUUACAGUCCCAUCAAUCCGAGCAGCCAUGGGAAAGCUGCUCGAGCCGAAUCCUGAACUGGCAAAUACCAUAUAUAGCAAGAUCUCGGGGCUAAGCAACUGGUAUGGACUAAUCCAAGAGCUGUUUCCGAGCACCAAGUACAUAUACGGGAUCAUGACCGGGUCCAUGGAGCCGUAUCUGAAAAAAUUGAGGCAUUAUGCCGGUGAGCUACCUUUGUUAAGUGCAGAUUACGGAUCUUCCGAGGGAUGGAUAGGAGCCAACGUCAAUCCCAAGCUCACCCCGGAGGUGGCCACAUUUGCUGUGCUCCCUAAUAUUGGCUAUUUCGAAUUCAUCCCUUUAAGAGAGGACCUGAACUGCCAAGGGCAAGAGGCGAAACCCGUGGAACUCACCGAUGUCAAGAUAGGCGAGGAGUAUGAGAUCUUAAUCACCAAUUUUGCAGGAUUGUACCGUUAUAGGUUAGGCGACGUAGUGAAGGUGAAAGGUUUCCACAACUCGACUCCGGAGCUGCAGUUCAUCUGCAGGAGGAAUCUCCUGCUCACGAUCAACAUCGACAAGAACACCGAGAAGGAUCUGCAGCUCGCGGUGGAAGCAGCGGCCCAGCUGCUGGCGGGGGAGAAGCUCGAGGUCGUGGAUUUCACCAGCCGCGUGGACCUGUUGUCCGAGCCCGGCCACUACGUGGUCUUCUGGGAGAUCAGCGGGGACCCCCAAGACGAGCUCCUCCAGGAGUGCUGCAACUGCCUCGACAGGUCCUUCGUGGACGCGGGGUACCUGAGCUCGCGCAAGGUCCGGGCCAUCGGGCCGCUGGAGCUCCGGAUCGUGAGGAAGGGGACCUUCCACAAGAUACUGGACCACUACGUGGGGCUCGGGGCCGCCGUCAGCCAGUUCAAGACGCCGCGCUGCGUGGGCCCCACCAACAACACCGUGCUGCAGAUCCUGUCUGUGAAUGCUGUGAGGAGCUACUUCAGCACUGCAUAUUAGAUUCUUGCAGGAUUUUGAUUUGUUUGGGAAAGAAAAAAUUUGCUGUUUAUUGUUCCUUUGUGUAGCAUAAAUUUUUAUUGUUCUAGCCAAAUGUACUAAUUAAUAAGAACACUUUUCAGUUCAACUGUAUAAAAUCAACAGUUGUAGUCAA